AUGAUGUUAUUGAAAAUUUUGUUGCAAUUUCUGGUGUUUCUGGUCUACAUGGUAUUUUUGUUCAGAUACAUCAAAAUUGCCAGAGCGGGAAGGAAAUAUUUGAAGGAUAUAACUGCCGCCUCCUGUGUACCUGAUAGCAAAAACAACGGAAAGAUAGUACACAUUAACUGUAGAUUGGACAAGAGUGUGGUUAACUAUGUUGGAAAGGAGUUUUGGAGUAACAUUUACUCACACAAUGGUAUAUUCGUGGAGACCAAGGUAGAAAUAUUCCAAUGGGUUCCGAGGGAGAGAAUGACUGGAAAGUUCUAUUCUGGAGAAUUUGUAGAUCACUUGCUUCCCAGUAACAUAUUUUAUAAAAACCCAAACUUUAUCCCAAAUGUCGGUGGGUCAGGGAGGGUGUACGCUAAACAAAUUAAAAUAGGUGGAUAUAUAAUAGGGAGAGAAUGGUUUGUUAAUUUAAAUAACAAGUCAAAGCUGAAAGUUGAUGACGACGAGUGGUAUGAGCCUAGUAGUUCAGUCCCUCCAGUUGAAAUAAGUAAUCUAAACACUCAAGUGUUCAACGAUUUUCUGUACACAGGGGAUAUAAUUAACCCAAAAAUUGGCGAUAUUAGAAUAUCAUUUUACGGGAGCGAGGAUAUCGAGUUUAGUGUCAUCGGUAGACAAACGGGUACCCUAUUGGGAGAAUAUCAACUGAAACCAGUAGAAUUUUUGAACAAAAAAAUGGUCCUCGUGGCUGGAAAAUUUUACGAUAAACAAGAAUUGCAGGAUUACAUUUUCAGUCAAAUUUCCAAAACGAACAUAGAAAUCUUAAGAAUCGUUCUUAUUUUACUACUAUCUGCACUUGUUUAUGAAGAAAUUAAAUCGGAAAAGGUGUACUUGUUGAAAAUAAAUUAA